AUGCGCUCCGUUGUAUCUUUAUCGUCGUCUGGCCUAGGCCGCCUCGCCUCAUCGCCGCUUCCGCGCAUUCGAUGCAUUCCGGUGCCAAAACGCUUCCACCACUCGCUGCGAACGUCGACUGCUCCUCGGCCCUCACUCAUCCCCAGCAACAUACAAUGUCAACGCCAGUGGCAGCGCCAGCCGGUUCGCUACGAUUCCAGCUCCUCGUCUGCUGCCAGCCCCCCAGCGACCUCUACCACAGCCCCAGACUCGCGCCUCGAGCGUGACCAAGUGCCCGCCUACGAGCUGACCUUCACCUGCAAAGUCUGCAGUACGCGAUCGUCGCACCGCGUGUCUAAGCAGGGCUAUCAUCAUGGCACCGUCCUCAUAUCCUGUCCGGGCUGCAAAAACCGCCAUCUCAUCAGCGACCACAUGAAAAUCUUCUCCGACAAAAGCGUCACCAUCGAAGACAUCAUGCGCGAGAAAGGCGAUCUGGUGAAGCGCGGCACGCUGGCCGCUGAAGGCGACGUAGAAUUUUGGGAAGAUGGAUCUACCACCGAUCGAUCUGCUCACUUUCACCCAAACGCUUCUACCAAGAGCGACCCUGAUGCCCCCGAAGGCACAUUGACCGAACCCCCCGCGUCCGGGCAAAAACCAUAA